CCGGCACGUGCGCACACACAUACAUGAACGCAUUAAACACGUCCGCCGUGUUCGUGCCCUUCAGGACUUGCUAAUGGCGCGCCGGGUCCUCCCUGCCAUCGUUCUGGCCUUCACGCUGGCUGCCUCGUCGUUCCUCUCCAACGCCGGCGUCGCGGAGGCGGCGUGGUGGAGGUGGGAUCGCUUGUUCCCUAUCUGCGGCCACGGCCACGGCCACGGCGACGGUCACAGCCGGGUCGCGUCAAUCGUGACGGAGGACGUAUACCGUUCCUUCUUCAAGCACAAGGACGACGCCGAGUGCCCUGCCCACGGCUUCUACAGCUACACCGCCUUCCUCCGCGCCGCCGAGAGGUUUCCCAAGUUCGGCGCCGACGGCGACCAGGCCACCCGGAAGCGCGAGGUGGCGGCCUUCUUGGCGCAGAUCUCCCACGAGACGACGGGAGGGUGGGCGACCGCGCCGGACGGGCCGUUCGCGUGGGGGCUGUGCUUCAAGGAGGAGAUCAACCCGCCGAUCAACUAUUGCGACGCCAACAACACGCAGUGGCGAUGCGUUCCCGGCAAGUCGUACCACGGCAGAGGACCCAUCCAGCUCUCCUGGAACUUCAACUACGGGCCAGCAGGCAAGGCCCUGGGCUUCGACGGGCUCAACAAUCCGGAGCUGGUGGCCAGCGACCCGGAGGUGUCGUUCAAGGCGGCGCUAUGGUUCUGGAUGACGCCGCGGGCGCCCAAACCGUCGUGCCACGGCGUGAUGGUGGGGCGCUACCGGCCCAGCGCGGCCGACGCCGCGGCAAACCGGACGGCGGGAUUCGGGCUGACCACCAACAUCAUCAACGGCGGGCUCGAGUGCGGCCGCGACGACGUCCCGCAGGUGAACGACCGGAUCGGGUUCUUCCGCCGGUACUGCGGCCUCCUCGGCGUCGACGUCGGGCCCAACUUGGACUGUGCUCACCAGCAGCCCUACUCCUAGUCCUAGCUUGUGCUGUGCUACUAGACAUGCAUGUCUCUCUCUGUUUUACUUUCUCUUACCAACGAUAAAUAAAGUUGGGGCUGCUUACAAAUCGGAUGAAGAAAAAAAAAGCAUUUGAAUCCAAUCGACUUGAAAGAACGUGCUAUGGAAGCAUGAGUGCUCAGGACAGGUGAGCAUACAUCUGACGUUGCCACAUUGAAUAUCAGAGUGGCCGACAAGUGCCAUCCAUGCAGGUAAUGCCCUGGUACUCUACGUAAAUAGGGUAUUUGGUUGAGGUGAUGGAUCCUGGAGCCAAACAACUUGGUUAGGUUUGGCGUUAGGAUAGGACGAUGACCUAUCAUCACUCCACUCCUCAAACCGAACACUCUAAAUAUGUAUG